AUGUCUCCAUCGAGGUCUGUGGAGCCUCCUCUCUCCAGUGGGCAGUCUGUGUCUGGUCAGUCUGUGCCUGCUCCUCUGUCCAUCUCCUUCUCUGGAUCGGGGUUCCUGGCUACGUACCAGUUGGGUGUGGCCCAGAGCAUGCGGGAUCGGUCCCCCAGGGUGCUGCAGACGGCCCCUAAGGUCAUGGGGGCCUCGGCCGGGUCUCUGGUGGCUGCUGCCGUAGUCUGUGGCUCCAGUCUGGACAUGGUGCGUGAUGAGAUGCUGAGGUUUGCGCGGCAGAUGAGGGGCCGUGUCCUGGGGCCGCUGCACCCUGCGGGGAACGUGUCUGUGUGGAUAGAACGUAUGCUGCGCCUCAUGCUACCGGCCGACGCCCACAUCAGGGCCAGCGGACGCCUGGCCAUCGCCAUGACACGCAUCCCAGAUGGACAGAACAUCAUGGUGUCAAAGUUCACGUCCCGAGAAGACGUGGUGCAGGCGCUGUUGUGCGGUUGCUUUCUGCCUGGGUACUGUGGUAUACAGCCACCAAGAUACAAAGGAGUGCAUUACGUGGACGGUGGUUUCUCCAGUAUCCAGCCGACCAACUCCUGCCCAAUUGGCCACACCCUCACUGUGUCUCCAUUCGCUGGUGAGACGGACAUCUGCCCAAAGGACCCCGCCCCACUGUGUGACAUCGUGGUGAGCGGAGCGUGCCUCCACUGCAGUCUUGUCAACGGUUACCGGAUACUACACGCCAUCUACCCCUAUGACUGGGAGGCUCUGGACAAGGCCUACCACAGUGGAUACAGAGACGGCCUUCACUUCCUACAGACCAGUGACCUGGUCCCAUGUCUGCCUCUUCUAAACACCCCAUCAGAGCCUCACUUCUCACCUCCUCCUGAUGGAUGGACAGAUCUGGAGACAGACCAGGAGGAGGAGGAGGAGGAGGAGGAGGAG